GGGCCAGUCAAUCAGCAGCAGAGCUGAGAAGGGCACAGCCGCGCGGCCGAGGGCAGUGAGCUGAGCCGAGCUGGGUGAGCGGAGCAGCGCCGGGUAGCUGGAGCCCCGCGCCAGCGAUCACCCGCCGACGCCGCCCACACUCUGCUCUCCUGCGACGCCUGCCACCUUCUCUUCCUUCCCUGAGCCCCUUUGCCCCUGGCUAACUGGCCCGGGUCCUCUAGCCUUUGGAGCCCCGAGGUCACCGAUCCUCUCCUUAGUCCCUUGGGUCCCGCGCCCAUUCCACGCCCUUUUCCUUGUACCCCACCCUGGCUGGGCGCCUGGCACUGGGGACCGUUGCCUGACGCGAGGCCCAGCUCCACUUUUCGCCCGCGUCUCCUCCUCCUGCCCUCCUCCUCCUUCUUCACUACCAACUCCAACUCCCCGGCUCUCGCUCCACUCGUGAGUGUUGACUCCGCGCCUCUCCGCCCGCUCCGCAGCGCUGCUUCCCAUCCGGUCUCAUUCUGUCCCCUAAAGGUGGGAGCGCAUCGGUCAGGGUCCGCACCAUGGCACGGUUAGGCUUGCUCGCGCUUCUCUGCACCCUGGCCGCGCUCAGCGCCUCAUUGCUGGCUGUGGAGCCCAAGUCGAAAAGUUGCUCGGAAGUGCGACGUCUCUACGUGUCCAAAGGCUUCAACAAGAACGAUGCCCCCCUCUAUGAGAUCAACGGUGACCAUUUGAAGAUCUGUCCCCAGGAUUAUACGUGUUGUUCUCAAGAGAUGGAAGAGAAGUACAGUCUGCAAAGUAAAGAUGAUUUCAAAAACGUGGUCAGUGAACAGUGCAAUCAUUUGCAAGCCAUCUUUGCAUCCCGUUACAAGAAGUUUGAUGAAUUCUUCAAAGAACUUCUUGAAAAUGCAGAGAAAUCCCUGAAUGAUAUGUUUGUGAAGACAUAUGGCCACUUAUACAUGCAAAAUUCAGAGCUAUUUAAAGAUCUCUUCGUAGAGUUGAAGCGCUACUAUGUGGCGGGAAACGUGAACCUGGAAGAAAUGUUAAAUGACUUCUGGGCUCGCCUUCUGGAGCGCAUGUUCCGCCUGGUGAACUCCCAGUACCAUUUUACAGAUGAAUACCUGGAAUGUGUGAGCAAAUAUACUGAGCAGCUGAAGCCAUUUGGAGAUGUCCCUCGGAAACUGAAACUCCAGGUUACCCGUGCAUUUGUUGCAGCAAGGACCUUUGCUCAAGGCUUAGCAGUUGCAAGGGAUGUAGUGAGCAAAGUCUCUGUGGUGAACCCCACAGCUCAGUGCACCCAAGCACUGCUGAAGAUGAUCUACUGCUCUCACUGCCGGGGCCUGGUGACUGUGAAACCCUGUUACAACUAUUGCUCAAACAUCAUGAGAGGCUGUUUGGCCAACCAAGGAGACCUUGAUUUUGAGUGGAACAAUUUCAUAGAUGCCAUGCUGAUGGUGGCAGAGAGGCUGGAGGGUCCUUUCAACAUUGAGUCCGUUAUGGAUCCCAUUGAUGUGAAGAUUUCUGACGCUAUCAUGAACAUGCAGGAUAAUAGUGUUCAAGUGUCUCAGAAGGUUUUCCAAGGCUGUGGACCUCCGAAGCCUCUCCCAGCUGGACGAAUUUCUCGCUCCAUCUCUGAAAGUGCCUUCAGUGCUCGAUUCAGACCUUAUCAUCCAGAGCAACGCCCAACCACGGCAGCUGGCACUAGUUUGGACCGACUGGUUACUGAUGUCAAGGAGAAACUGAAACAAGCUAAGAAGUUCUGGUCCUCUCUCCCAAGCACCGUUUGCAAUGAUGAGAGGAUGGCAGCAGGAAAUGAAAAUGAGGAUGACUGCUGGAAUGGCAAGGGCAAAAGCAGGUACCUGUUUGCAGUGACAGGAAACGGAUUAGCCAACCAGGGCAACAACCCAGAAGUCCAGGUUGACACCAGCAAGCCAGACAUACUGAUCCUUCGUCAGAUCAUGGCCCUUCGGGUUAUGACCAGUAAAAUGAAGAAUGCUUACAAUGGGAAUGACGUGGACUUCUUUGAUAUCAGCGAUGAAAGUAGCGGAGAGGGAAGUGGAAGUGGGUGUGAAUAUCAGCAGUGCCCUUCGGAGUUCGAGUACAACGCUACUGACCAUUCUGUGAAGAGUGCCAAUGAGAAAGCUGACAGUGCCGGUGGUACCCACGCAGAGGCAAAGCCCUACCUCCUUGCUGUCCUUUGCAUCCUGUUCCUCGCUGUGCAGGGAGAGUGGAGAUAAUUGUCAAACUCUGAGUAAAAGUGUUCAUCAUCAGAAAGUUCAAAGGCACCAGUUCUCACUUUUUUUUUUUUUUCCAUCCUAGUGACUUUGCUUUUUAAAUGAAUGGACAACAAUGUACAGUUUUUACUGUGUGGCCACUGGUUUAAGUGAUGUUGGCUUUGUUUUUCUCAUUCAGUUUGAGGAGACAGCAGGGCCUCCUGCCUUUAAGUUUGUUUCCCCCACCCCCGCUCCUUUGAGACUCGUGUUAUGCGUGGCUAGCAGUGUAGGUACAGAAUUGUAGUUAGUUGUGCAUUGGUGAUCUUGUUUUCUUUGUUGGCUUCUCUCAUUUUAUUUGUGGGGUUUUUCUUUUCCAAUUAUGGUCUCACCUUGUUUCUCACAAGAAAACCAGGGUCCUUUCUUGGCAUGUAACAUGUACGUAUUUCUGAAAUAUUAAAUAGUUGUACAGAAGCAGGUUUAUUUAUCAUGUUAUCUUAUUAAAAGAAAAAGCCCAAACAAGCUGAAAAAUUUCCAUUUAUCCCUGUUAUUUUAUUUUAGCUGCCUUAUUGGGAGAGGAGUGGAGUUGCCUUUGAGUUUCCUUCCUUCCUUCCUUCCUUCCUUCCUUCCUUCCUUCCUUCCUUCCUCUCUUCCUCUCUCUCUUUCAUUUGUUUGUAUUAAGUUAGGACAGAAUGUGAAGGCACAAGCAGGGUUCUGAGCCAGUUGCCAGACUGUGUGCAAACACCAGGACAAGAACAGAAGGAGACUUGGAAGAGACUGCAGAUCGCUCAUUUUUAUGGAGUCGAAUCACACAUAACUCAAUUUAUUGAACCCACCCAAACUUAAAGUGGACCCCAUCCAGGAAAGUAAAGAUUUUUGAUAUAGUCUCCCUUAAAAGAAGAACAGCACUCGGGAUGUCCCACUUAGUAGCCCAUGGACACACUUAGGCUUGGGGGUGUUUAUUAAAUACAGGACAAAUUAGGAAUUCACACUAUACCAAUUUCUGUAUUAGUUAGUGCUGACACUCUUUCUGGUUUUUAUCUCUAUGGCAGUAACAAGUGACCAGUGACCUCAUUUGUUCCCAUGUUAGAGUGAUGCAGAUUUCUGACCCACUGACCACUCUGGGAAUCAUGCCAUAAAAGGGAGCUGCCUGGCAGCUAGCCAGAACUGGGGCAUAACCUGGGUUCAGUGAAUAGUUGUUAACACUCUUUUGAGCAGUUUUUGUCUGUGUGUACAUACUUGAAUUGCCUUUGUUUUGUAUGUUUGUUUGUUUUAGAUUCUGGUUUUUAAAACAGUAUAAGGUUAUCUACUUUGAUUUUUUUUUGCCUGCUCCUUUUGAUCAGCCAAAUGAAGGACUUAGAGUGGUCUGCAUCCACUUGCUAUUCAUCCCAGCCCAGGAGCCCACGGGGAGGAGAACUGAGUGUUGAGUUCCCAUGUCUUAUCUUUUGUGGGAGGGAUGAGAACAGGUAAAACUGAGAAGAGCACAUCUCAGUGUGUCCUAGCUACGUGGAUGGAGUGGCAAAGGCCCUAACUGCUGUCCCAGGCCAAAGACUGUCUACUGCCUUGCCCCCUUGGAAGCCCUUUCCUUGUGUACAAAUAACCAAUCAGAAAAAUCUGAGAACAUGGCAGGUCAUUUCAAAGUGAGGUCUCAAGUCUUCAGAAAGACUACAGCCGUGCAAAGUCUCUUCCUGUUCUAAAAGUCAUUUAGAUCCCACAACACUGAAUUGAAAGCCCACAGAGAGGCGGUUUCAUGUUACUGUCCAAUCUUAAGCUGUAAGAGGAAAUCUCUAUUUUUAUAUUGAAACACGAUUACUUGAUAGCUCAGGGUCUACAUUUCACUCAACUUUUUACACCAAAUUCUGAAGAAUGGUCAAAAUAAAAUAUUGGGGGCUGUUGUAAACACAGGCUUAAUUUUAUUAGAAAUAGCCAGUUAUUUAUUAAAACACGAUGUUAAUAAAAUAGGCAUAUUCCGGCUGGUGUGUAUAAGUGUUUUUUUUCUUAAAUCAAAUCACAGAAAACAUAAACUCCAUUUAUAUAAGAGGGAAACUAGAUUGUAAAUAACUGGGCUGCCUUGUGAGAACUUGGAAAAUGUGCUGAUAGUUAGAAGUACCUCAGUCGUGAGGAAUUUCCUUUUUAGCUUAGACUGCUAUUACUUUUACUUGGUAGAAAUGAAUCUGGUCUCCAAAAUAUGGCUCAAAGAGUUGUCCCUGUAGACCUUGUUAGAUUGUUUUUAAUUUAAAACCUUGAACUCUGCCCAGCUGUUUUCUUUCAGUCAAGUCCUCCAAACUAAUAACAUUUUCCGAAUUAAAUAUUCUCGAAGGUUUCUUUGGACGCUCGCUGAUUUGUUUUCUUUCUUUACAUUUUUUUCCUCUGUUGCCCUUUUAUUAUUUAAAUUGUCUUUUGCUUUUGAACUUGAACUAUGAAAUAAACAAACCAUAGAUUUUUCCAUUCAGGUCUGACUGGACAACUUUUGGCUUCUCACCAGCUGGCAGGCUUACCCUCCCCCUACUACCACCACCAACCCCUUCCCCCAGUAGAGAAGAAAGGCAAGUUGAAUAUUUGAAAACCUUCAGAGUUUAGAGCGGGAGGCAGGAUAAAAGCCUUAUAAGCAGGACCCGACUUCCCCAAAGUUAGCAGCAUGUGAAGGAUGUAAGUUUUACCAAGUUGUUUAUAAAGUACUUUUCUUUCAAACACUUCACACACUCUACAUUUAAGACAAACAUCAUGGAAGAGAUUGCCAGAAAAGGGGAAGGCAACGAAAAAAGAAAAGAAGUUUCAUAAUGCAACUUGUAUAUUUGUAAAAGAGUGAGCAGCUAUUAUUUGGAUAAAAGUAAAAGAAGCACGAAGAGCUGGUGAUUUGCACCUUUAAGCUUGAAUUCGACUAUUUAAAAACCUAAGAGUUUACAUGAAAUAUAAAUUGUCACUUGUGAUAAUAGAACCAACAAUAAAAUAAGUAGAUGGUGCCAUA